AUGGACUCCCACCGAGGCAAUGCCGGAGAAAAGGACCUAGAAGUCCAGCGGAGCAACAGAGAAGAAACGAAGGCACCUGGUGAAACCAGCACUCAACAAGUCAACACAGCGGGAAAUGUGGAGCAAGAGAAAGCUGCAGAAAGGACGACAGAUGCGGGACAACAGAGCCUAGAGAGUAUGCUACCCUCGAGGAGUUCGGACGGAGUGCGAAGCGACAAACGGAAACACGUGGACGGAGCAGAAGAAAAGGGUGAUGCAACAACUGGCUUCCAGCGACCACCCCAGGGUGUGACGCGAGAGGCGAUUGUAGUCGGAGACGACAACGUACCCCGUUUCGCACGCGCGCUCGACAGGGAAGUAGGCGAUAGCCAACGGCUGGAGGUGCUGUACAACAGGGAGGCAACAGCAGAGGUGGCCGAGAAACUAAUUGAAGAUUAUGAGAGUCAGGCACGAAAGGUACGCCGACUAUAUGUGCUCCAUGUUGGCAUCAAGGAUUUGCUGCAAGGAAGGAGGCCAGAAGAGAUUGUGGACCAUCUCAGGAACACAUGGUCGAAACGAAGUGACGUCCUAGCCAUCUGUGCAGUGCCUGAGGUUGCAACUAGGGAAAAGGCAGUUCAGGCUGCAGCCAUGUCACUGAAUGUGAAGUUGGGAGACCUCUGCCAAGAGCUGAGGGCAACAUACACCAACCUCAGCAAGGACUUGUACCGUGAGCACAUGACCAGAGAUGGACUGCACUACAGUCAGGAAGGAGGAAGGAAGGUAGCAGACCGCCUAGCCCGGGUGAUAAGUCGUUUUUUAGCUGGGUACGAACUGCAAAACCGCUACGUCCACAGCGGUGCGGUCCAGGCGACCAAGAACAGCGGCAAAACGAGGCAACGUCACAGACAGAGAAAACGUGGCCCACCCACCGCCCACAACACCCAGCAGAGCAGAGCUUUCCACAGGCCAACCCCUUCGAGCCCAAUUACAAUGGUGGUGGUGACCUGCGGCAACCGCUUGGAAACGACCAUGAUCAACCUGAAAUCAGUUCUGGCUUUCUCCACGGCUCACAUUCGUCUGAUCCUGUUCGCUGAUGUCGAUAACAUCCAACGUCUUCAGGACAUGAUCCAGGGAUGGCCAGCCAUAUUCCUGGAGCGAGUCGACUACGAGCUUCGUCUCGUCCGCAUUCCGAAGCGCCCAGAUAUUUUUAAGCGGUGCGACUACCAGCGGAUGUUCCUACCGAGCGUGCUCCCCAAAGAAGACGCGGUGCUAUACGUCGACUCCGACAUCAUGUUCCUCCACCCCGUCGAAGAUCUUUGGAAGUACUUCGGCGAGAUGAACGACCAGCAGCUGACCUUCAUGGUUUCCGAUGUGGAGGACCCGUCCCUCAGCCUGUACUUCCACAGACAACGGAAGAUGCCUCGCUACGGACGCUACGGUCUCAACUCCGGUGUGAUGCUGAUGAACCUGACACGGAUGCGUGAAUUCGGCCUUGAGGCUCGCCUGGUGGGCCUGGCAGACGAGUACCGCAAUGACCUCGAGUACAGGGACCAGGACCUCUUCAACAUCGUGCUCCACGACCACCCUGACAGGGUUCUCGUGGGUCCCUGCCGAUGGAACUUCAUACACGGAGUCUGCUGGUCAAAGUUGGCCUGCCAGGACGAGAUACCGGCAAUCGUGCACGGCACAGAGAACACCUUCUUUGAUCCGCUGAAAGAGAAAGCUUACGGUGCCAUCGGCUCGGCAAUGCAGCAGUACGAACUGGGAACAAGCCUGGAGCGGAACUUCGUGGACGUCCUUGAAAGGAACCUUCAAAGUGUGGGAACGACACUGUGCGCGGAGAGGUUUCGACGCUUCGUGAAGCACUGGAGAGAACUUGCGCGGCAGGUCGACGCAGAUCGUGGCUGGAACACGUCAUGAUGUUCCUGCUGUAACUACUAGCAACAUUAUUUAGAC